CCGCUGCGCAUUUAGUUUGUGUUUGGAUUGCUGAAGUACCCUUCUCUCCAUCUCCACACGAGCUCUCCCGUAAUAAAUCAUAAAUUCAAAAUCCCUAGUAAAACGGUGGGUUGUUCGAGACCCGUCUGUAACUCCUCUCUCACCUCACGAAAGCACGUGCCUUUACCAUUCCCACACUGAAGCGUGGAGGUUUAGCGGUUUAGUUUCAUAUUUAUCCUGCUUGGUCCGGAUGGGUUUGUAGAUGUAGUGAUGGAUUUCUGGGCUCCAUAGCAUCCAAUAUGUUAUCUUUAAGGGAUCUUUGGAGAAAGCAUAGGAGGAAGAUUUUUGUUACUGCUGGUGUUCUAGGAAGUGGGUAUCUUCUGUAUAAAUUAUAUGAUGCUCGAAAGCAUAGUCUUGCUGAUGUGGAAAGGGAACUUGCAAGAGAGAGGGAAAAUGAUGAACUCAUUAAAGCCCAAUUGCAAGCUCAUUUUGAGAAUAUUCAGAGAAUAGCUGAUACAACAACAUUGCCUCAUGCAAUGCAUUGUUUAAGUUGUACGAUAGCUGAAGAACUGGAUCUUUCCCCACUUACUGAGAUGCUAAAGAAGGGGAAGGACCAGCCAAACAGCUUGUCAUUUUCAGAGAAACUUGAAUUGUGGGAUAGACUCACAAUUUUAAGCUUCACAAGAAUGGUGGUGUCAGUAUGGGCUGUAACAAUGCUUAGCUUAUAUAUUAGGGUUCAAGUCAAUAUUCUAGGAAGACAUUUGUAUAUUGAUACAGCCUGUGGUCUUGGAAGUCCCCAUUUACAUGAGGAUGCUGAUCUCAUUGAGAGGGAUGACCAGCAGAAAUAUCUGGCAGGUGCUGAUUUUCUUGCCAAUCGUGGCAUGCCAGUCUUGAUUUCUAGUGUGCAGGUAGCAGCUACAGAAGUUUUAAAGGGAAAGCAGUUGAUGGAUUUCUUCAACACUACAGUGCUUCAUGAAACUGUCAUGCAGAUACUAGACACGUUUAUGAACACAGGAAGUCCCCAUCACUGGGUGGAUUGCUUGGUGCCUGAAGAUUCAAGUGUAAAAAAACUUUCUAGAACUGCCAGCAGUGACAGCACGAUUCUUUCUGAUUUUACCAAAUUCAAUAAACUUAUGUUUGAGACAAAAGAAGUACUAUCAAGUGCUGAAUUUGGCAGUGUCGUUGAAAUAUCUCUGAAAGCAGUGGUGGAUGCACUGGUUGAGGAUACAAGCAUUCAAUCUGGGGGCAACAGUCUAGCAUCAGGGAUGCCCCUAGCAAAACUUUUGCCAAGGAUUGCACAAAUUGGUCCGUCUUUGGUUGAUGAACCAAUCAAGAAUCGCUUUAUCAAAAUCAUACAGAGUGUUCCAGAGGUCGAGCUUUUCUUCACCCUUCUUUAUGCAAGCAUGCCAGCCUCAUAAGAUAGGCUGGCUCCUGGUUCAUAUAUUUUUCGGACAUUUCAUUUUCAUUCAAAGGAAGGCAUGAACGUAAAGAAUCUGAAUAGGUCUGUCUGUAAUCUUUGCUCAUUACUGAAUCCGUCAAUUGUGAAUUGUGGACAGAAGGCGGCAUUGGACCUAGGAUUUAGCCGUUAUAGGAUUGAAGAAAGAUUUGAGUAAACAAUUUUCUUCCUUAUUUUUCUUGAAUAGAAAGUAAUAAAUUCAGCAGGCAUUU